CGGAACCGGAAACGUAGUGCUUGUUUUCAACAUCAGCCGGCUAGCUGUCUUGACCUGAGGUGUCCUCCAAGAGCCGUGGUUUGACAGGAAAUCAAGAAUAAAACAUUCAAAUAUGGUUUUCGGGCAGAAGACAGUCGUGAAAGGAGAACCAGAAGAUGAGGAAGAGGAGGACAUGGUGGACCCUCUUGAAACCUUCCGUCAGAAGUGUGAGGAGACAAAGCACUGCGUCCAUACCCGGGAACGUUUGGAGCUUUGCGAGACCAGAGUUGGCUCUCGGUCUCAGACACAGGAGGAUUGUACUGAGGAAUUGUUUGACUUCCUCCAUGCUCGGGACCAUUGCGUGUCUCACAAACUGUUCCAUUCUGUCAAAUGAAGUCCGUCUUAGCUGGACCACUCACUGACAACAUUCUUCAAAAAUCGUAUUACCAGGACGAUGGGGUUUUAAACUCGUCCAUGUAUUGCUGCAUGUUGUAACUUUAAAAUGUAUGAUAUCUUAAGUAUAUGAAAAAAAAAUGUUCAGCAGUUUAUUGUGAUUCAAUAUGUCAAUAAAGUGACUUGGAAACACAAA